AUGGCCUUGGAUGCACGCAUCAAGACGAAGGGUGAGUUUCACGUGAGCACGGAUCGGGGGCCACCGCUGGUAGACCUGAGCUUGAGUGUGGGUGACCAGCCUCCGCGACAACUGGGCAUCGAGGGAGGUCCGUUUGCUCGGUGCGGUGAAUGCAUCUUUUUACCGGAAGUCGCUGGUUUGUGA